AUGCGCUUUGGGCUACGGCUUUGGGGAUCCUUUGCAAGCUUUCGAGAGCAGUUGCUGCCAGGUCCAAAUGCCCGCGCAGCAGAUGUGGAAAUGACGGUGAGCGGUGAGAGUAACGAUGUGGCAGGCCGAAGCUCGCUGGUGCCAAAGGUGAACAUCGUGUCUGCAAGGGCUCAAGAGUUUGCUGCAAGCGCUUUGAUUCUCUUUGCCCUGGUGGUGCCAACCGUAGUCAUGGCUGUGGUGGUCAUUGAUGAGUGGAUUACUCGCCCUGAACAACGAGGGUGGCUGGUCUUGGGCUUUGGCUUUUACAUCAUCACUGCGCUCAGAAGUCUCUGGGCAACUCUGAUCCGCCUGUGCCAGCGGAUGCUGUACAUACGUGUGGAGGUCAGUCGUUACGUGUCGACGACUUUGUUUGAGGCGUUGACAGAUUUCUUAGCCAAAGAAGCUGAGAUGCAAGGACUGACCUGCAGUUGGGACCAAGAAGCCCUGCAAGAGCAUGACAAGCUGACGGGAAAGAUCAAAGUGAAACUGCGCUUUUGGAGUUCCCGCGCUCGUAGCAUGUGGAUCCGUCUCAGGGUGCCCAAAGUGAUGCAUGGUGCGAAUCCGGAACUUCAAGAUGUGCACAUGGAGGAUAUGGACCUGCAGGUGGAAUUCAUUCCUGGUGAUGACAUCGUUUGCGGUCGUGAUAGCCGAGUAGAACGCCGUGAGGUGCUGGUCCUUUCAGUGCGGUCGAAUCCAGCGCGUGCACUGUUGGAUAAAGAGAUGCUGGUGCGAUGGAUGGAAUACGCUCAUGUUCACUUCAUGAAGCCAGUCCAGGAUGUGGUGAACGUGUAUUCCUUGCAAGAAAGCAGCAGCGACUGGGUUCCAGAGUGGAAGUUCGAGCGUGUCAAGCCCUGUAAGAAUGCUAGCGCGACCGGACAGGGAUUUUACCUUGAAAGACAUGCUCUACACAAAAUUUUGGCUGAUGCCAAGCUGUGGUCUCAAAGUGCACUCCGUGUCUACAUGAUCACGGGACCUCCUGGUGUGGGAAAAUCAGAGUUCACCAUUUGGAUCGCAGGACAACUGGGAGUCCCUGUAUAUCGCCUUUGUUUGUCGAGUCCUCGCUUGACGGACGAUCGUUUAGCACAGCUUUUCUCCCAGUCAGCAAUCUCCUUCAACUCAAUCUUGGUGCAGGUGGAUGAGUUCCAGGAGACCUUACAGCGCUGGUUAGCUGGACACGACAACAGAGGUCCUGGGGUCUCCGCGGGAGGCUUCUGCGAAUUGCUUCAGGGGUCCACGGCCAUGUCCCAAGGGGUAGUGAUCCUGACUGGCACUUCAGAAAUUGCGGCUGAUUGUGUGCGGAAAAAGCUCCCCGCUGUCUUCAGACGAAUCCAUUGCACUGCCGAGCUCAGCUGGAUGAACCAGUCUGACAUCGGUCAGUAUUUCAGGCAAUUUCUCUUUGGUUUCAUGCCUUAUUGCUCUGCCGAAGACUGGGACAGCUGGCAGCGCGCAUUUCUGAAUGUUGAAUCAUGGUCAGGGUCCAGACCCGUGUCAAUCGACAUGCUGCAGCAGUAUCUCAUGCACCAGAUCAGGGAAUGCAGCUGCCUUGGCUACGGCAGGUUCAUCACGGACGAUAGCAAAUUCACCUUCAGGGUCAAUGACGAACAUGUGAAGGAGGUUAUCUCAAAGAUGUGCGAUGCCCAGGAUGCAAAGAUCUUCUUGGAUGGCUAUGCACCCGUAAUGGCGAUUCAGCAGGUUGGGAAGUUGAGACGCCUGGGCUUUUUAGGCUUGAUGAGCUUGCAAAGUCGACAGGUGGGCCUGAUGACGUCCACCUUUGCACCAGCAGAAGUGUGGCAAGGCCAAGCUGAUUUGAGGCCGCUGGAAAGUCGGACUCGUCCCAAAGUGCAAGCUUUCGCACAACGCGUUCAGGACUUGCGGGGAUUUGAGAAUCUUCAACAGCUGCCAGCAACGGUGAACAGCAAGGCUUCCUACGGCCUUUGGGUAGACGUCAAUGGACCUGGGGGAGAGGAGGCGACUGGCUUGAUCCAUUUGUCUGAAAUGGACCAGGAUCUCGACUCUUUUGAGGUUGGUCAAGAAAUGAUGGUUGAUGUCGUGUACGUUGAAAAAGAAAGGGGCCACUUGGGGUUGUCCUUGCGGCCUCAAUCACGGAGCACUUCGUCGUCUUCCAACAGCCAAGAGGUGCAACCCACUGACAUUUACGCCUGUGAGUGGCUAGAGGCCACUGUUGCAGGCUUUUCGGAAAAUGAGCAUGAAGGAGUGCUAGACACCCAGUUUGUGGACGUUGCACGUCCAUCAUUCCCUAAAUCCUCAGGAUUUGUCCCUGCAGAUCGGAUCGACUUGCCAAGACGAAACUUGAAGUCGUUCUUCAAAGCUGGCGAUCAGGUGCACGUGAGAGUGCUGGGAAAGUCCAAUGGCAUGUUGCAACUCUCUAUGAAGGGUGGACCGGAGGAUAUCAAGGCUGAUCUGGAGGCCCAGCUACAGUCCUGGCAGUUCGGCACCACAUCCAACACGGAGGAGGUUCCGUUGAAGCGGGGGCAGAAUCUCUUGCCCUUUGCUUCCCUGUCAUCUUCGGAGUGGCUGGAUGGGCAGGUUCUACAAGCUGCAUCCUAUGGUAUAUAUGUGACAGUGGAGCCACCGACUGGAGGCGAAAGUUGCUGGGGCCUGGUGCAUCUCUCUGAGUUCUCAGAGGAGAUGUUGGAAACAGACCUUGGUCCUGGUGCUGAAGUUCAGGUGCGAGUUGUAUCUGUGGAUCAGCAACACAACCGGUUGUUUCUGUCGGCGAGGCAAGCAACCGCAGAUGCGGAUUCCGCCGCGAAGCUGGGCAUGUGGCUGCAAGGCAGAGUGGAGGAUGUACAUAGCUACGGUCUAACCUUGCGGACACCAGUUGGCCGUGGUCUGCUGUACGUCACUGAGCUGGACGAGUAUGUUGAGGAUCCUUCUUCCAAAUUUGCUCCCGGAGACUUGUUGCGAGUAGGAGUCAUGGACCACAUGGAGGAAGACUUGCUGGCAUUGUCUAUGAAGACUCCUGAGGAGGUGGAGAGCAAAGAGACUCCUCUGUUUGAGGAGGAACCUCUGCCCAAUGCCCAGGAUUUGCAAAUUCGAGCCAUGCGGCAACGCCUGAAAGACUACUUGGGGAUAUCGCCUCAACAGCCGUUGACGGCACAGGUUCAAGCUGAAACACCCUUCGGGCUGUUGCUCAAUGCCCUCACAAGGCUUGCUUGUAGGUCCAACUGAAGACUUGAGGACUGGCCAGCAGCUGCAAGUGCUUCUUCUAUCUGUAGACACCCACCGUGGCGUUCUCAUGGUUUCACGGAGUUGAACAGCAGCAACAAAGUAGAUAGCAAGCUCUACAAGCCGGCCUGAACGGUGC